GACGGGACUUUGUCUGCUGCUCGUGUAUUUCUUUCUUCAUUCUGCCAGCAGCUUCUCGCCGGUGAUUUAACUCUGCACAUUUCUCACUUAGUUUUUUUUUCUUCUCAGUCCGACAAAGCAUAGGAAAUGAGUGGGGAUUACUCCCAUAACAACAACCAGAUUGACUGUGGCCCUCGAAACAACGAUCCUCACAAACAUAAAGAGAAGCACAAAGAACAUAAAAACAAGGACCACAAGAAGGACAAGGAACGGGAGAAAUCCAAACAUGCCAUCAGUGACCACAAGGACCCUUCUGAUAAGAAGCAUAAGGACAAGGAGAAGAUGAAGCACAAAGAAGGCAAUGCAGACAAACACAAGGACAAACACCGGGACAAGGAGAAGAGGAAGGAGGUGAAGUCUGCCGACGGCAAGGUCAAAAAAGAAAAGGAGAACGGCUUCUCCAGCCCCGGCCAUGUGAAAUCUGAGCCCGAGGAUGACUUUUACCACUCUCCCAAGCAGGAGAAGACUCUUAAGAGGGAACGUGAAGAGGACUUUGAGUCAGAAUUCAAGCCCAAGAAGAUCAAAAUUGAGAACGACAAGGCCAAGGGCAAAAAAAGGAAACAAGAAAAUGAAGACGUAAAGCCGAAAAAGACUAAAAACAACAAAAAGGGAGAAGUCGCCGACGGCAAGAAAAAGGGCAAGAAGGAGCCGGAGGAGAAGUGGAAGUGGUGGGAGGAGGAGCGCUACACGGACGGUGUUAAAUGGCGGUUCCUGGAGCACAAAGGACCCGUGUUCGCGCCCCCCUACGAGGCUCUUCCCGACCACGUCAAGUUCUACUACGACGGUAAACACAUGAAGCUCGCCCCAGCAGCUGAAGAGGUCUCCACCUUCUUUGGUAAAAUGCUCGACCAUGAUUACACCACGAAGGAAGUCUUCCGGAAAAACUUCUUCAAAGACUGGAGAAAGGAAAUGAAUUCUGAGGAAAAAAGCAAAAUCACAGAUCUGAAGAAGUGUGACUUCAACGAGAUCAACGACUACUUUAAGGCCCAGUCUGAGAUCAGGAAGGCCAUGUCUAAAGAACAGAAACUGAAAAUCAAAGAGGAGAACGAGCGGAUCCUGCAGGAGUACGGCUUCUGCCUCAUGGACAACCACAAGGAGCGCAUCGCUAACUUCCGCAUCGAGCCCCCCGGCCUCUUCCGGGGCCGCGGGGACCACCCCAAGAUGGGCAUGCUGAAGCGCCGCAGCCGUCCGGAGGACAUCAUCAUCAACUGCAGCAAAGACUCAAAGCACCCCAAGCCUCCCCCCGGGACCAAGUGGAAGGAGGUUCGCCAUGACAACAAGGUCACGUGGCUGGUGUCCUGGACGGAGAACAUCCAGGGGUCCAUCAAGUACAUCAUGCUGAACCCCAGCUCCAGGAUCAAGGGGGAGAAGGACUGGCAGAAGUACGAGACGGCGCGUAGAUUGAAGAAGUGUGUGGACCGCAUCCGGAGCCAGUACCACGAGGACUGGAAGUCCAAGGAGAUGAGGAUCCGCCAGAGGGCCGUGGCGCUCUACUUCAUUGACAAGCUGGCUCUGAGAGCGGGUAACGAGAAGGAGGAGGGCGAGACGGCGGACACGGUGGGCUGCUGCUCGCUGCGAGUGGAGCACAUCAACCUGUACCCCGAGAAGGACGGGCAGGAGUUUGUGGUGGAGUUUGACUUCCUGGGUAAAGACUCCAUCCGCUACUACAACAAGGUCCCUGUGGAGAAGAGGGCGUUCAAGAACCUUCAGCUGUUCAUGGAGAACAAGGCCACAGAGGAUGACCUGUUUGACCGGCUAAACACUUCCAUCUUGAACAAGCACCUGCAGGAGCUGAUGGACGGACUCACGGCCAAGGUGUUCCGUACCUACAACGCCUCCAUCACCCUGCAGCAGCAGCUGAAGGAGCUCACUAGCCCGGAUGAAAACAUUCCAGCAAAGAUCCUAUCCUACAACCGGGCCAACAGGGCUGUGGCUAUCCUGUGUAACCACCAGAGGGCAGCACCCAAAACCUUUGAGAAGUCUAUGCAGACCCUCCAGGGGAAGAUUGACGCAAAGAAGGACCAACUUUCAGACGCCCGGAGAGAGCUGAAGAGCUCCAAAGCGGACGCUAAAGUACGGAGAGACGAGAAGUCCAAAAAGACGGUGGAGACCAGGAAGAAGGCCAUUUCCAGGAUAGAGGAGCAGCUGAUGAGGAUGGAGGUGCAGGCGACCGACCGAGAGGAGAACAAGCAGAUUGCACUGGGCACCUCCAAGCUCAACUACCUGGACCCUCGCAUCUCUGUGGCCUGGUGUAAGAAAUGGGACAUCCCCGUGGAGAAGAUCUACAACAAGACCCAGCGGGAGAAGUUCGCCUGGGCCCUCGACAUGGCCGAGGACGACUAUGAAUUCUAAGUCAAAAAAUGUCUGAGUUUUUACCUAAAUGACGCGCUCUUUUAACAGACAUCUUGUUUUUAGCUUAAAUGACUUUUCACCCGGUGGCCAGACCCGAUGAGGGCGAGUGUGUGUGGGUUUGUGUGUACGUGUGGGGUUGGGCGGACGGGAGUGGCCAGACGAUGAGGUGGCUUGAGUGCGUCGUGCUGCCUGCUGACCUGAGGCGAUACACUCAUCAUCAGAGCUUCGAGGGUUUCCCUGUGGUCUUUGCGAUCCCCAUCCUACACUAAUGCCCCACCUCGCUCACAUGCACACAAUGGAAGGGUGGGGGGGAAGGGGGGAUCUGGAAAUACCUGAACUUUGAACUCUGUGGUCCUUAUAGCUACUGUAUUCAGCAAAAAAACACAUGUGUAAUUUUAUUUCUGUCUUGUAAGCCCACCCAUGUAGUAUUAAUGAAUUCUAUAUUUUGAUAGAAAAAGCUAAAUCAGAAAUUCCUUAAAUACACCCAGGCGCCUUUUUUUUUGGAGGAAAUGCAAAACUCUUGUUUUGAAGUGUGCGUGUACGUGUGCAGGAAAGGGAUACAACAAAAUCAGUGUGGGUGACUAUUUAAACUGGAUUGUGUUAACAUGUAACAACGUGAAAUGCUGGGACAGGGCGACGAGAUACUGCAACCAUGUCGAUAUUUAACAAGCAGAAUGUGAAUAUUAAUUUACAGCCUCUAUCAGGGAUGUCUUUAAAAAAUGUAAAUGUGAACUUUUUUUUAACCAAUUAAGUUGCCAGCGCCCUCAGUCUGUGCGUAGGCCUGUCUACAUUUGAUUUGAACUGAAAUCAUUUUAAUGAUGACGAGGAAAGAAUAUCCCUAUUCUGUUACUUGAAGAUGAUAUUUUAAUGUAUUUUAAGUUGGUCAAUGGAGAUUUUUUUAAUUUCUUUCUCCCCUUUCCUGACAAGGUGUUUAUGUGAGAAAGAUUUCAACUUUGCCAAAAAAAAUACCAAUCUGUUACAACACAAGGCAGGUUUUUCUAAUGAUGUUUGACGGAACAGACGCGUAACAGUACAUUUGAUGUGUGAUAGAUUUGCGAAACAGGAGGAUGAUGUUGGUGUCGAACAAAAAAGAAAUCAACGUCCUCUCCCUG